UGGUGACACACGUAUAAGUGCAGGGCAGCAAGCUGGUGCUACUACUAGCAGAGCAUACAUACACCCCUCCCGCCUGCCAUUACAAACCACCCACCAUUUUCGUACACCACGCGAGAUCAGGGCACCCAGGCCAGCCUCCCCCAGCUCCACCAAGGAACCAAGAAGCCCGAGGGCAGCCAUGGCCGGCGCGUCCGCCACCAGCACCCGCAAGGGCGGCAUCAAGGCCUACUGGAAGCACCGCGGGUACGACCGCCUGGACGCGGCCGCCGCGCAGCGCCGCCCGGCCCUCGCCACGGCCGAGCUCGGCGCCGGGGGCGGGGCGGGGGCGGCGGCGACCGCGGGCCGGCGGCGCGGGUGGCGCGUGCGUCGCCGCGGCCUCGGGCGGCGGGUCCUGCGCGCGCUCUCGCCGCGGCGGCUGCUGGCGCGGCUCCGGGACGCGUACGUGAACGCGAUGCUCCGGCUCGCGUCCUCCGCCGCCGUGGGGUACGGCUCCGCCCCGUUCUGCGCCGCCCCCGAGCCCUUCGCGCGGCCGCGGCCGCUCAAGGAGUACGACGAGAAGGUGCUGGUGGAGAUGUACCGGUCCAUCCUGGCCCGCGGCGGCGUCAUCCCUCUCUCCGGCGACGCCUCGCUGGUGGUCGGCCCCGCCUCGCUGCCGGCCCCGGCCACGGCCACGGUGGCCUGACCGCCCACCCAUCGGUCCACUGGCGCGGCGCGGACGCUACUAGCUUGUCACGCCAUUUGCCCCUUGGUUUCGCCGCGCAGAAGGCGUGAAGUGCACUAUCUAGCGUGUAUGCUACAAGUUCUGUAGUACUAUGUCUUGCUGAAAUUUGCAAAAUACCUACAGUUUCUUCUUCUUCAUCUUUUUACGCAUUUUACUCCAUGAGACUAGCGCAGAACCCUCGGAAGCUGGCUGUGCUGUCGGGUGUCGGCGAUUGUUUACUGGAAUUCGCAGGAUUUUGCGGGAAUAAGUUUCAAGCGGUGGCAUUUUA